AAUAUUUGCCGCCAAGUUUCCCUCCAAAAAGCUACUAUUUCCCCCCAUUUCAAUUUCUCUAUAAAUUCAAAACAAAUUAGUCCAAAUGAAAUUCAUCAAAUCUCAUUUCAAUUUCUUUCCAAACUACAGUAAUUACUUUUUUUUUUUUUUUCAUUUGAUAAAUUUGGUUUUCCAGUAUGGUGGUAGCCCUAGAACCAGUCAGAUUUUACGGCCGCAGUCUCCCCAGACCCCAGUUUUACAAAUCAAACGAAGACCGUGUAGAUCCACCUGUCUCCAUUCUCGAUCCAUUAAUGUCAUGGGCGGAGAAAGCUCAUUGGUCCAUGGGUGGCGUUAGCUUCAAACGCCACCGUCUUCAGGGACGGAUUGAAGGUAGCAUUGAUAAGUUGCGAGCUGAGUGUGAAGAAACAACCCCCGAGAAGGAGAAGAGUUCACUGAUUGCAUCUCCGGAAAGUCCACCAAUGCCGCCUGCUCCGUAUGUGUUGAAGCGGAAGAGGAGGUUGGUUGAUGAAUCUGAGGAUGUUGAUCAGAGUGGUUUGGCGAGGAAGCUUGAGUUUGAGGAGAAGGAAGUGGAGCCUGUGGAGGCGGUUGCUGGGAGGACAAGGAGUCGGAGAAAUGAGGAUGUUGCUGUGGAGGUUGUUGAUAAGGUGAAGGCGAAGGGUGAGAAGGUGAAGAAGAGCUUGAAGGUCGAAUCUAGGAAAAGGGCUUCGCCUAGAUUGGCGAAGCGCAGGUAGACUUGAAGGUGUUUGAUAAAAUGGUUAUAGGAUUGGUUCUUGUAGAGUUAAGUGAUAUAGUGGUGUGUUUCUAGUUUUACUUUUCAUUGAGUUAUGCUGUUUGCGAAAUCUAGUUGAAAUUUUAGAGUCUUUAGAUAAAUCAGAAGAGAUUUAGUUGAUUUGCUUCUUGUAUGAUCUGAUUUAUGAUAUAUGGUGGCAUUAAUUGGAGUUGAAUGUUACAUUGCUGAGA